AUUUUAGUUUUAAGUUGUUUAAAAUGAAGCAACAAUUUUAACAUAAAUAGAUAAUUAAUAAAUUUUACAACUGUUUUGCUACGAUAGUUAAACAUUAUUACAGUUCGGGUCAAUAUAGUGAGGAUCUUUUUACUGUGACAACCAAAAAAGAAAGAAGCCUUAUAAGAAAGAGCCAUGUCAUGGGAGAGCAUCGCGUCAAAGGAUCUGCUUAGCAUCCCGCAAAGUCAUAAUUUAUCAGCAACACAUUUACUCGCGUCUCCCGAUGGAUCGCGAUAUUUGCUGGAUAAUUGCAAUGAUCUGUGCCAAUUUGAGGAGAAUUACUCGAGAAUUGCCGGACACGGCUCAAGCCCCGAUGGGGAUGUGGGACCACGUUCAUUGUGGGUUCGCCCGGGUUUCGCUCGUUCCGGUCAGGUUAACACCAUAAUCAGUUGUUUUUGGUCAUGUCAAAGAAGUCUGCGUCAGUAUAUAGCGAAACGAAAGAUCGAACGCGGAUUGAGAUUGUACGAGCAGCAUAAUCAGACUGCGGCAGUUCGCACCUGGCGGAGUGCAUUAAAGGGUACCUGCCGGCGGGAGGACUGCUUUCAGCUGUUAGGCUACCUGUACCAGGCACACAUGGACUGGGGCAAGUAUCGAGACGCCAUUGACUUUGGCCACCAGCAGUUGGGCAUUUCCGAGGAGCUGGAUUCGCCCAACAUGCGUGCCGAGACGUACUUGAACUUGAGCCGUGCUCACGCCAGCCUCGGUGGUCUGGAGCGGGCUCUGGCUUAUGCUCGUCAUUCGCUUUACAAUGAGUCCGGCACGAAAUGCCGCAGUGGCCUGGUACAUUUGACCGUGGCACGGGUCUAUCUGGAAAUGGGCGGCUUUUCGCGAGCUCUGGAAGGGUUGCAGGGUGCCCACAAGAUAGCCACUGCCAUUGGCGAUCCCUCGCUGGAGCUGCAGGUUUACGUGGCGCUCUCCGAACUCUUUAGCCGGCUGCAGGACAACGACAAGAGUGCAACAUAUGCAUCCAAGGCAUACGAUCUCUCCCGAUCCCUACAACUGGGUGACCUGAACUCCUGCCAUCACAGGGCCGCCUUGCUGCGAAUGGCAGCCUCAUUGCGCAAGCAGGGAGAGCUUGGAGAUGCCCACGACUAUUGCUUGGAAGCAACUAGGCUCUCAUUGAUUUCUGGAGAUCAGGCCACGUACACACGAAGUAUCCGUGUUAUGGGUGACAUUUACCGCAAGAAGAUGGAUAUUGACAGAGCAUUUCGGCAGUAUGAGCAGGCGAUGGGAACUUCGGCAACUUUGGGCGAUCGCAUGGCCCAGAUGGAGGCGAUGGAUGGCGCAGCCCGAUGUCUGGAAACCUUGCGACUGCAAAAUAAGAUCUGUAAUUGCAGGCCUUUGGAGUUCAAUACGCGGCUAUUGGAGGUCGCCAGCUCGAUUGGGGCGAAGUUGUUGGUUCGGAAAAUUCGCAGUCGGUUGGCACUCAUAUAUCGGGCCCUGGGCGACGAGGACCAGUGCAACACUCACCUCCGUUUGGCCGAUCAGACUGACGCGGCCCUUGGCCUGAUAUGUGGCGCCUGUGGAGAAGUUUUUGGCAUUCAGCCCGCCAGCCUGGAAGCCCUGCCGUGUGCGCAUAUACUGCAUGCCAGAUGUGCUCAUGAAAUUUUUCGCCGGCGGGAUAAGAGUAUAUCGGCGCGCUCGUGUCCGGCGUGCAAUAAAUUGCUGAGCUCCCGCCUGCAGCUCUAUGGGAACGAGAUCGCAGCCGAAACUGAGAACUUCGAUGGAGAUGGUGUUAGGAUCGCGACGCUAAACGCGAAUGGACUCAAUCUAGAUGGAUUUAUGUCGCUUAACUCGGAAACUCUGUUGCCGCUGUCAACGCGAGCCUCGGCUAAUGAGUCGGCCGUGUUCUCCAACGGGCUUCAAAAUAAAUCCAUGCCCAGCAUAGAGAACACGGCUCUACUCCUGACAGCAAAUGCUUCUCCCAACGCAGUCUACCGCAGCAAUUUGUCGCUGGCUUCCCUGAGUAUGCGAGCCUCGAGCCUGACCAUCGACAGCGGAAGGAACGCUACAUCUUCCGUCUAGACUCAAUGUCCAGAUAAUCAAACAUUAACGAGAAAUCUACCAGAGAAAUAACAUAGCUUAUAGACUAUAUUUUUUUUGAAAACUUAAACAAAUAAUUAUUUUUCUUAUAAUCGCUAACAAGGCUUUCGAGACUUUUCAGUUGUUGGAGAAAAAUUUGUGGGAGUGUGUUCCAUAGGACAUUUUUGGGAAUCUCGGCGUGAUAUUUCAUAUUUUAAGCUUUCCGAUUAUAAUGUACCAUUUUUUAUACCCUGAACCGAUCUGAAUGAAAUUUUCUGCAUUAAAUAGAUACUCGUAUAGAUCUUAUGCUCCUAUACUCCUUUAAAUAAUUUCCAGUUCAAAUUUGGGUAUUUAUUUAUUUAUUAGGGUAUUAUUCAUUUACAAUGUAAUGAUUUAGUUUGGUGAAAUUUUGUUAAAGCCUCAUCAAAAACAUAAUUUAGUUUCGAGUCUCUAACUGCAAUAAGUUAAGGAGGGCCAGACAGACAGACGGGCAUGGCCAGAGUAGAGUUUGGUUGGGAGAAACUUCUUUCUGCCUGUUACAGACAUUCGUACAAAACCAAUAUACAUUUUUUACCCACAUAUAAACAGUGAAAAACGAUUAAAGGGUUUAUUUUCAACUAUGAAGAAAUCGAAAGAUAUCGAUUUUCGAUUGCUCGGAAACGGGGAUUAUUAUUGAUAGUCGGGCAAAUAAACUCGUUCUAGGAGGAUCUACGUUAAUUUCAAGGCCCUAGCUCCUAUAAAUAUUGACCACGACCAUUCAAUUGUAAUAUCUGAAAUCAUAUUUGAUUUAUUUUGAGAAUAUAAAUAAAAAAUCCAAUAAGAGGAGGAGAAGCUUCAGAGCUCUGCUCCGUUUUGUUGGGUAAAAGGUAGAAAGAGAAAUAGACCCGAGUACCUAAAUCAAAAUGACAGACAAGUUGUUAAAGUUUCAAAGUUUUAAAGGAAUAGCUAGUUAUACAUAACACACAGAUAACGCAGAUUCCUACAUAUGUAGACUUUUAUAGCUCGUAAACAUAUAUUAAAUAACGCGAGUAUCCGUUAAUCGAUUCGUACAUAAAUAUUUUUGAAAUAGUAAUUGAGUAUGAAAAUAAAUACACUCAGAAAAUCUAUAUGAAUUAAUAAUUGAGCAUGAAAAGAAAUACACUCAGAAAAAAACUAAGCCGGAUGUCGAUUUCAAAUUUAGAAAUACAACUUUUUUCAGUAAUUAAGUUCUGAAAACAUUUUGAAAAAGAAUUUAAAUUCAAUUAACUAAAAAAAUUCAUGAACAUAUUUUUUGCCUUGAGAAAAACUAAGCCGGAUGUCGAUUUCAAAUUUAGAAAUACAACUUUUUUCAGUAAUUAAGUUCUGAAAACAUUUUGAAAAAGAAUUUAAAUUCA